AUGCUUCGAACACGAGAUCAAGAGUUCUCUACAGAAGAAGGUUCAAAAUAUGAACAACCUGAACAGACCGAGGCUACCGUCAGCGAAGACCCUACCCCAUCCGAGCCUGAGGAUGGAAAGACAGAGGACAAUGCUGCUUCUAAGGCGCGUGAGAGGCUGGCACGCUUUAAAGCUUUACAAGCUCGAGCUAAAUCGGCAACGGAACGCAACCUGAAAGAAACUGCAGCAGAGACUCAACGGCUGUCCACCGAUCCUAAUUUAGCCAACUCACUGUCACGCAAGCAUGCAUUCGCCUCUCACAACCUCCUCAAGGCGGACACAGAAGCUGCGGGCGAAGACUUCGAGCGUAAGCGAGCUUGGGAUUGGACCAUCGACGAAUCAGAGAAGUGGGAUCGACGCAUGGAGAAGAAGCAGCGACACCGCGACAACGUGGCAUUUCAAGACUACACUCAAGAUGCGCACAAGGUCUACAAGCGGCAGAUGCGAGAACUCCCAGCUAACCUGGAAGCAUACGAAAAGGAGAAGUUGGCCGCCAUCGAGAAGGCUGCUGCCAACGGCGACCUUGAGAUUGUUGAAACCGAGGACGGCGAGAUGAUCGCGAUUGAUAAAAACGGCAGCUUCUACUCCACAGCUGAUAGCGUGGGCUUCACCGACAACAAGCCAAACCGUGCUGCUGUGGACAGACUAGUGGGUGAUAUCCAGAAGGCCGAGGAAGUCCGCUUGAAGAAGCGCAAGGAGCGUCGUGGUGAUGAAGAGGCAGACGUAACCUAUAUCAACGACAAGAACAAGCAAUUCAACCAGAAGCUGGCUCGUUUCUACAACAAGUACACCAGCGAGAUUCGGGAUAGCUUCGAACGCGGUACUAUGAUCUAA